AACAAGGAAGACAAACACAAUGAAGGGUAAGUGUUUCGGUCGCUGUGAACCCCCCACCUUUGCCAUUCUCUGUAUUUCUUCUCUUUGUUACCUCCUCCCCAUCUGCUUUGCAUCCUAUGCUGAAGUUGGGAAUGAAAUUCCAUUUACUUACACUGAAGGAACUGGUAAGGGGCCAAAGGAAUGGGGCCAUAUCAACCCACAUUGGAAACUUUGCGACACUGGAAAAUUGCAGUCUCCUAUAGAUCUUCUCAGUGAAAAGGUGCAAGUUCUUCCUAAAUUGGGAAAAUUGAAAAGGGACUACAAGCCAGCUCCUGCUGUUGUAAAGAACAGGGGACAUGACAUUACGGUAAGGUGGAAAGGGGAUGCAGGAAAAAUUAAUAUAAAUGGGACUGACUAUAAACUGCUUCAAUGUCAUUGGCAUUCACCAUCAGAACAUACAUUCAAUGGAACUAGACAUGAGCUGGAGCUCCACAUAGUUCAUCUAGGUGCUCAUGGAGAGAUUGCAGUUGUGGCAAUUGUUUUCAAAUAUGGCCGACCUGAUCGCUUCCUCGCUAGGCUUUUUCACCACAUAAAAACAAUGGGAAAUGAAGAGAAAAAUCUUGGGAUGGUUAAUCCGGGAGAUAUCAAAUUUGGUAGCAGAAAGUAUUAUAGAUAUAUUGGUUCUCUUACCGUACCUCCCUGUACUGAGGGAGUUGUUUGGACGAUUGUCAAGAAGGUGAGGACAGCAACAAGGGAGCAAGUAAGAGCGUUAAGGGAUGCCGUUCAUGAUGGAUUUGAGGCAAAUGCAAGGCCAACUCAGCGACUAGAUGAAAGACCAGUUUUGUUCUAUGCUCCAAGGAUGAAUGGCGGCUCUGCUUAGAUACAUAAAAAGAAAUGAAAGAGAAACUGCACCACAUAAAAUUAUAGCUCAUACUACUCUUAAUACUUACAUCAUUGAAAUAAUUUCGACUUUCUUUUCCCGCAAAUGAACUGAAAAUAAACAUUUCAGACUUCAUUCAGAAAAUGAAGAGCAAUUACUUUCAUUACCGAA